UCUCACUUCUUACACUGAAUAUUACCUGAUAAAUAGAUAUCUUCUCUUCUCUCUUCUUGUUCAACCUUUUGUGGAAGAAAGGAUCUGGUGAAGAGUAAGGCUAACUCUAUUCCUGGAACUAUCUGAUGUUGAGAUAAGGAUGGCAUGAAGUGUUGAUAAUAUCAAAUGAAAUAAAAGAAGUAUUAAAAUGUGAUUUUGCGUUUUACCAGGAGUCUGAAGAAAGAAAAAAGUGGAACAAAAAUCACUAAUGAGAAGCCAAUUUCUAACUCUGAUACACACAAUCACCAAUAGUAGCAAGGAGGAUGGCCAUUUCUAAUGACACGCAGUUCCAUCCUUCUUCAUUCCUGCUCCAGGGCAUCCCAGGGCUGGAAGAUGUGCACAUUUGGAUUGGAUUUCCUUUUUUCUUCCUGUAUCUUGUUGCACUCCUGGGAAACGCUGCUGUCUUGUUUGUGAUCCAGACUGAGCAGAGUCUCCAUGAGCCUAUGUACUACUUUCUGGCCAUGCUGGAUUCCGUUGACCUGUGCUUAUCCACAGCCACCAUCCCCAAAAUGCUGGGCAUCUUCUGGUUCAGCCUCAAGGAAAUAUCUUUUGAAGGCUGUCUUUCUCAGAUGUUCUUCAUCCAUUUCUUCACUGUCAUGGAGAGCAUUGUGUUGGUGGCCAUGGCCUUUGACCGCUACAUUGCCAUUUGCAAACCCCUUAGAUACACCAUGAUCCUCACCAGCAAAAUCAUCAGACUCAUUGCAGGCAUUGCUACUCUACGGAGCCUGUGUAUGGUGGCUCCACUGGUGUUUCUUCUCCUAAGGUUGCCUUUCUGUGAGCACCAUAUCAUCCCUCAUACUUACUGUGAGCACAUGGGCAUUGCCCGUCUGGCCUGUGCCAGCAUCAAAGUCAACAUAAUAUUUGGCCUUGGGGAUAUAUUUAUUUUAUCAUUAGAUGUAAUUUUUAUUACGCUUUCCUACGUGAGGAUCCUCUAUGCAGUCUUCUGCUUACCCUCCUGGGAGGCCCGGCUCAAAGCUCUCAACACCUGUGGCUCCCACAUUGGUGUUAUUUUAGCCUUUUUUACACCAGCAUUUUUCUCUUUCUUGACACAUCGUUUUGGCCACAAUAUCCCUCAAUAUAUCCACAUCCUCUUAGCCAAUCUAUAUGUAGUUGUUCCACCAGCCCUCAAUCCUGUAAUCUAUGGGGUCAGAACCAAGCAGAUUCGAAAGCAAGUAUUGAGGAUCUUUUCCUUAAAAGAUGGUUAA